GCCAUCUUGGUGGCUGGAGGCGGCGCCGCGGGACGGAACGGAAGUGCCUGUGCAGCUUCCCGGAUCCGGAGCCGAGCUCUGGCGGCCGCCCUGCCCGCCAUCCUCCUUCCGCAGCCGUGAGGGAGACCGCGGCUCGGCUGCACCGGAGCUGCGAGUUACAGAAUGUCUGAAGGGGACAGUGUUGGAGACUCUGUCCAUGGGAAGCCCUCGGUGGUGUACAGAUUUUUCUCACGGCUUGGACAGAUUUAUCAGUCCUGGCUGGACAAGUCUACCCCCUACACAGCCGUCCGGUGGGUUGUAACACUGGGCCUGAGUUUUGUCUACAUGAUUAGAGUUUACCUGUUACAAGGUUGGUACAUUGUGACCUACGCCUUGGGAAUUUACCACCUAAACCUUUUCAUUGCGUUCCUUUCUCCCAAAGUGGAUCCUUCCUUGAUGGAAGACUCAGAUGACGGCCCUUCAUUACCAACCAAACAGAAUGAGGAAUUUCGUCCCUUCAUUCGAAGGCUUCCAGAAUUCAAAUUUUGGCAUGCAGCUACAAAAGGCAUUCUUGUGGCUAUGAUCUGUACCUUCUUCGAGGCUUUUAACGUCCCAGUAUUCUGGCCGAUCCUGGUGAUGUACUUCAUCAUGCUUUUCUGUAUCACAAUGAAGAGGCAAAUAAAGCACAUGAUUAAAUACCGGUACAUACCAUUCACACACGGGAAGAGGAGAUACAAAGGGAAGGAGGACGUGGGCAAGACAUUUGCUAGUUAGAAGCUGGACUGAUUCUCACACGGACUCAAGAACGGUUUUGAGCCAUUGUAACAAUGCCUUUUUCUUCACAUAAAGUAGUUGAUUAUGAGGAAGUUGAAUUUUCUUUUUAAGAGGAGCCUCAAUGAUUUGUAUCGAAAUAUCAGGUUCUUGAAGAAACUGGCAUUUAAACCAAAUUGCAUUGAUUUCUUUUUCAGUGAUGUUCAUGUGUUUGAAAUGGACAGAUUGUAGUGAACCGUAGGCUUGGGAGGCGAGGCGGGUGGCAACCCAAGAGAGCGCGAGGGAGGACGGGAGUGCGGCCCUGGAGAGCUGCCUUCCUGACCCCGCUGAGGCCACUCCUCUGUGCCAGAGGGAUGAGCCAGCCUGCUUCCUGCUGUGAAAAAGAAUGUACCGCUUUGAGGGUGAUUUCACAGAGCUCUGUGGGGUUCUCAUGCCAGUGUCUGAAUCUCAUCUCACUAGAGAUGUUUCUCAAAUUGGCCUCGAUCAUAAUGACUCAAAACUAUGUUCUUAACUACCAUGAUUGCUUUUGAGGGCCUGGAAUUAUAAAUAUAUAUUAUAUUUUAAUUGUUUGAGACUAUUUUGACACUUUCCUUUGAUAUAUAACAUUUGCUUUUGAUUAAUUUAAACUUGUUCUCAUGCAACAAGCUCUUUAAGGAAACAGAAUGGGCCAGAGCACACCAAGUCUGGGGUUUAUCGCAUGGCCUUUUACUUUCUAUGGGGAAAACAGUUCCUACCACGUGUCAAACUUUUUAAUGUGAUAAAAAUAAUACUCUUUAAACAUUUUA